CUACAUUAGUGUAUUUUUCUCACAACUCAUUCAGGCGUUGGACCUUAGGCUACUGUGUACUUUAAUGCAUGGGUAAUUCGAUUCUAAAUGGCUGUUGUUUGGCUGUGCCACCACCUUCUCUGCAGAGGAAGUGGAUGGCUGUAUCAAGUCUAAGCACACUUCCUGUGCUUGUUGUCUUGGGAGGACCCAUUAGGGGCAGCUAAGAAAGCAGCAGCAAAAUGAGCAUUGUCAGCCAGUCCAUUACAGGAGCGGCUAGCAGGAGGACCAUUGUCAGUCUGAAUGAGAAACACUACCGUCAGAUCGAUGGUGCGAGCAGGGAGAAUGGAGUACUAUUGGAUAUGCCUGUGGAGUGUCUUGGGGGUAGGUUUGUGCGUUCCUGUUGCUAAACCCUAUUACCUUCAUCAUCAUCCUCUCAACUUUGACAAAGCUUCAGAAGCCUGUCAGCCUGGCAGUUUCCUAACUAAAGUGGCCAGUAUGGAGGAAGCCUCGAAGAUUUUGAAAGAAAUCUCGGAAACACUAUCCAAAGAACGUACAUUUCAGUUCUGGGUUGGCUUGAUGAAAGGAAAGGGGUCAUGCGUGAAACAUGACGCACCUCUGAAUGGUUUCAAGUGGACGGUGGAUAACAGCAGCGACACAGAACUGGAUCAGUGGAAGUAUUUGCCCAAACCAACCUGCACGGGUAUUUACUGUGUAUUUCUCUCUGGUGAGUUUAAUGGAACUGAGAUUGUGAACUGGGGAUUUGUUUCCAGUACCUGUAAGACAGAGUAUCCAUUCAUUUGUAAACAACGUAAUGGAGAGGUACCUAUCAUGAAGCAGUGUCUUACCCCACACAUACCAGAUGCCCGAUUACUCAGGCCAGACCCAAAGGAUCAUAAUAAACUGCAUCUGGAUUGUGGGUUUGGGAAAAUGUUUGAACUGACUUGCUCUGCAACGACUCUAACAUGGGAACGUGAUGAUGGAUCGGAUAUACGUGGCAUUUGUGCUUCAUGCAAAGCAGGUUAUAUGACAGAUGGGUCUGGAAUCUGUGUGGACAUUGACGAAUGCAGAGAUCGGCCCUGUAAAGACCAGUGUGUCAACACUGAGGGUUCUUUCCUCUGUAAAUGCUCUGAUACAAAUGAAAAUGGAAAUCUUCAAGAUGAGGGCUCAAUGGCAUGCAACGAACUACCAGCAGCUACCAUUGCUCCUGAAGGUAGUGACAACCAUUUGGUCCAAGACUAUACCCCAACUUCUAAGCCAGCAAUUCAGGAGAAGCCUUUUCUCGCCUCUCUGCCGGACCAACACACUACAACUUCCCCUACAGACGACAUUGAGAUAGCGGACCAGAGUGGAGACCAAGCCCACAUUUUCAUACCUGUGCUGAUAGCAGUGAUGGCCUUGGUCGUUCUGUUAGUCGUGGUGUUAUCUAUUGUUAAGUGCUGCCUCAGGAGGCGAUCACAGAAACUGGCCAUGAAAAAUGCAGAGAAAAUGGCAAUGAAGAGGGCGGAGUCCUCCAAGGAAAAAUACUCCCUGGAAAACGCAAAUGAGAAGGAGGCAACUUAAGCAGCAGGAGUGUGAACGGAGGCCACAGAUAAGACUCAGACAACCUGAAGGUGUUAACUGACAAUGUAUAAGAUCUCUCAUAACUUCCUUACAUCAAUAAGCACUGGAAUAAAAUGUUUUUAUUGAAAGGAUAAAAAAAAAAAUCUGCAGUAGGUCACUGUACAGGCUUUGGAUAUUAUUGUUUUAUUGUGAGGAUUUGUAUAUGGGCUGAGGGCUCACAUUUCUUCAUAAUAUUUGCUAGGCCUUUAUGUUGCAUUUACUUAUUUUAUUGCUGUAUUGUAUAUAUGUGGUUUGUAUAUAUGUCAUUGUGUAACAUAUGAAGAUGAAUUUGAUGCUUCAGUAUUUUGGAAGUCUCCAGUCCUGAUAUAAAGGAUGAUAACCUCUGCCCAUGGUGUAAAAUGUUCAGCCCAUUAACCUAGGUCAGUCUCAUUUCAAAAGAAAGACACUAUCUUGUCAAUAAAUCAACUGUUUAUAAAAGCAA